GAAGAAAGGAAAUUGCGUUUUAUUCAAAUUAAUGCGCCAACAUGAGAAUAUAGUUCUUUAAUUCUUCAAGGUUCUGAAAUAAUCGAGUGAUUGCGAUAAAAAAAUAUAUACACUUAUGAAAUGAAAAUUUAAAAAUUAAUAACAUCAAUUAAUUGAUACUUUGUUACGUUGUAUAAUAAGUUGCCAAUUUUUGAAGUAGCGGAAGGUUAGUCGGUCCUUUAUUCGCGGUACUCAGCGAGAACAUGUCAUAUAACUCUGAAGAUGGUGAAAGGUCUCGGAAUGAGAGACCACAAAGUGGAGACAGAAGUGAAACUAAGGAGGAGUAUAUCCCUGAGGCAGGAGGCCUCAUUGAGAGCAACUGGGAUGAAGUUGUGGACAACUUUGAUGAUAUGAACCUCCGCGAGGAGCUGUUGCGAGGAAUCUAUGCCUAUGGUUUUGAAAAGCCCUCUGCCAUUCAACAGAGAGCCAUCAUUCCUUGUAUAAAAGGGAGAGACGUGAUCGCUCAGGCCCAGUCUGGAACUGGCAAGACAGCCACAUUCUCUAUCGCUAUCCUACAGCAGAUCAAUGUGGAGGAGAAAGAUUGUCAGGCUCUGGUCCUCGCCCCCACCAGAGAACUGGCUCAGCAGAUUCAGAAAGUGGUGAUAGCCCUUGGAGAUUACAUGGGUGCGUCUUGUCAUGCCUGUAUCGGGGGAACCAACGUACGGGAGGACAUUCACCGCCUACAAGCUGGUGUCAACAUCGUCGUCGGAACACCCGGUCGUGUGUACGAUAUGAUUAGCAGAAGGGCUUUAAAUCCCAGAAACAUUCAGCUCUUCGUGUUGGAUGAAGCUGAUGAAAUGUUGUCCAGAGGAUUCAAAGAUCAAAUCUACGAUGUCUUCAGAUUUAUGCCCCAGUCCAUACAGGUAAUCCUGUUGUCUGCCACUAUGCCUGCAGAAGUCCUAGAUGUUACCAAAAAGUUCAUGAGGGAUCCAAUUCGUAUCCUAGUCAAAAAGGAGGAAUUGACCCUUGAGGGUAUCCGGCAGUUCUACAUCCAAGUGGAAAGGGAGGAGUGGAAGCUAGAUACUCUGUGUGAUCUGUACGAAACACUGACCAUCACGCAGGCGGUCAUUUUCUGCAACACCAGGAGAAAGGUGGACUGGCUAACUGACAAGAUGCUUAGCCGCGACUUCACUGUAUCAGCUAUGCAUGGUGACAUGGAUCAGAAGGAGAGAGACGUGAUUAUGAGAGAGUUCAGAACCGGUUCUAGUCGUGUAUUGAUCACGACUGACCUUCUGGCGCGUGGUAUUGACGUGCAGCAAGUCUCUCUGGUCAUUAACUUUGAUCUUCCUGCCAACCGAGAAAACUACAUUCACAGAAUUGGUCGAGGUGGUCGUUUUGGAAGAAAAGGGGUAGCCAUAAAUUUUGUCACUCAAGAGGAUGUACGGACAUUGCGUGAUAUUGAACAAUUUUACAAUACACAGAUUGAAGAAAUGCCCAUGAAUGUAGCUGAUCUGAUUUAGAGUCUACCAUAAUUCGGAAUUCUUGUUGCUAGUGGAUUUGAAGAAUUUUAACAGUGCAAUUUUCUGGAAGUAUACAUAAUUUUUCCGAGUAUCAAUGAAAUGUGAAUUGUUGACAAGAAGAUCCGAAUCUUGUGGUGUCUGAGAGCAGAAACUCUCAAUUUUAUUUUAAUCUGUUGACUUUGUAUGGGAAAUUGCUGUAAUAUUGCUGCUUUUUGUAACUGUUAAUUUAUAUUUCUAGGGAUUUAAAGCAGCCCUCAUAAAUCUUUCUUUCCUGAAAGAAAGAUGAUAAGAAUUUUGAUACAAUAUUGUAAUAAGGACUUAAUAUGUAAGGUGCAGUGCCAGAAUGCCGAUGUUAGUGGAGUACUGAAUAUUUUUUGGUUUAAACAUAACUGUACAGUUAUUAAAACCAUCCUCAUAUUGCAUAUUUUACCGAGAGAUUUGAUUAAGUUGGCCAAGCACUGGACGUUCUCGUACCGCCAUCUAUUGCAUAGGAACACCGGGUCUCCGUGUUGUGUGUGGACAGACACGGGAUCACAUGAGACAUUAAACCCCCUGACUUCUAUCAGGAUUGUUUUUUUUAUAUGUCAUGUGAAGAAAAGCAAUAGAUGUAUUAAAAAACUGUAUAAUUAUAACUGGU